AUGACAGUUGUUGAGUCAUGGACCAAGACUGGGAUGCCAAAGAAGGUCCUCAUGCGCAUAAUCGAGGAAAACUACCAGCGCACAGUCGGGCCUAACGUCCCAAAACUAAAACAAUACGAGGCUUUCUCCAGCACCGUGUACGGGGAAUUAAUGCCUAAUCUCUCAUCCGAAAUGAUAGAAAUCACUCAGCUGAAAGAGGAUUCUUUAUUCCUCGAUCUGGGGAGUGGAGUUGGGAAUGUGGUCGUGCAAGCCAGUCUGCAAACAGGAUGCACGAGUUAUGGAAUAGAGUUGAUGCCAGCCCCAGCCAGGGUAGCGGAAGAUAUGGUGGAGCAAAUAAAGGUCCGCUGUCGUAUGUGGGGGGUCAAGGUCGGCGAGAUGGAGUUGGAGAAAGGAAAUAUGUUGACAAGUAAACGGGUGGACGAGCUCAUCGCCAAAGCUGACGUUGUCUUGGUGGAUAACAAGGUGUUCGAGGAGAGCCUGAAUGAGGCAUUGAGACCCAAGUUUUUGGAUCUAAAGGAGGGUGCGAUUGUAAUAUCAUUGGCGCCUUUUGUAAGCUCCUUAAAUGCCCGAGUGACGGAACGUAACGUCGACGAUAUCAGUACAAUUUUUGAGGUCACUGAACGUCAUUAUCACUCUGGAAGCGUUUCCUGGGGCAACAGUGGAGGUACAUACUACCUCCAUCGCGUGGAUCGUGAAGGAUACGCGAAAAUUAGGGAGCGAUUUGAAAGCGCUCGGGCAAGCUCGGGACGAAGCACGAGGAAGAAACCAGCACAUCCCAAAGACUGUGACGCCGAUAAUGAACUCCAGGACAACUCGCGCUUUCGGACUUAUCGGGUCCUAGGGUGA